UGCAAAGAGCCACGGUCACUAUGUAGAUGUCCAACUUCUAACUGUAGCCGUUUGGUUUAUCAGAGACCAAUUUGAGAAAUGUCUUUUCGGUCACAGGCCAGUGACUCACCUUUUUCAUGAUUGUGAGGCAAGUGUUAUUUUUCACCAUCUUCCAUUUUUUGUGUUUAAUGUUAUUCUAAAUGGGUUAAUAAUGUAAAAUUGUGUUGUUAGUUGAAGAUCUAUUUCAAAAUUGGCGUGGUUCAAUGCACUAUAUGUUGUGUGUUAUUGUGUACAUUUUGACAGUUUAUUUUGGGCAAAUAAUAUGCAUCUGAAAGUGUCUAGCUAUUGACAAAGUAUUUUACCAUUGCAGCUGGUCGCUUGUGUCUAAGUUCUGACAUGGCUUGUCAAGAGAACAUGUUUUUCAUUGGCCUCUGUAUAUCAAGUGUGAAUUUUGGGCUUUCCUCAAACGAUCUGUUCACCACAAUGCCAGAGACGAUGAAUGCAGUGAGUGACACUUGUGUGCAACUCCCAUGUGCAUUUCAAAUUCCAGACGGCCAUAACAUCAGUUUUAGCAGCGCAAGAAAUGUAUAUGGAAUUUGGCUUAAAGGGAAAACAGACUCCAAUAUAUUAUUUAACAGUAGUAACACAGGGAAUAGUCUUGGGAAAAUAACUGGAAACCUGUCUGAGAAGAACUGCACCACAGUGUUCUUCAAUGUAACCACAAGUUACACUAACAAGUAUUACUUUAGAAUUGAUACUAAUGGACAAUACCGUGCAACAGACAUUGAAAAAUCUGUUACCAUAACUGUCAUAGAUUCACCUGAACAACCUAACAUGACAGUCUUAGGUGACAUAAAGGAAGGGACUCCUCUCAGUUUAAACUGUUUUGCUGUUGCUCCCUGUCCUGGACACCCCCCUAAACUGAAAUGGACUCUCCCAACAAAGUCCACACCUGUGAACAAAUUACAGGAGAAUCCAGAUCGAACCAAAUCAGUUCUAUCCACGGUGACCUUCAUCCCAUCAUACCUUCAUAAUGAAAAGAACAUCACUUGUACUGCAGUCUACCCAGUAGGGAUGAGCAACAAGACAGCGGAACAUACCAGGACACUUCAUGUCUUAUUCUCUCCUAAAAACACUUCAGCCUCCAUCAGUCCAGCUGUUCCAGGAUCAGUGGGAAGCUGUGUGAAUCUGACCUGCAGCAGUACAGCCAACCCACCUGUGACCAACUACACCUGGUUUAGGAUCAGUGGGGGUAAAACAACACAGGUAGCAUCCAGACGGACUUACACCCUCAAUGUGACUGUUGGUGAUGGAGGACAGUACUACUGUGAAGCAAGAAAUGAUCAGGGCGUUGAGAAGUCACAGGAAGUGAAGCUUCCAGGCCAAAGAAACCCGGAGGUUUGGUGGAUUGUUGGAGGAACUUUGGUGCUUGUUCUGCUUCUUAUCGUGAUAGUUUUCUUUGGGUGGAGGAGAAAAUCUAAGAUCCCUAAUGGACUCGAAAGGACAGUGAAUCCACCAGAGACGGCCCCGGCCAGAGAGAAACCAGCAGAACCUGUGGAAAACCUGCCUGAGGAGAUCCACUACGGUGAAAUAGACUUCUCCAGACAACGACCCAAAAAGACCCAGGCUGCAGCCCAGGACAGGGAGAGAGACCUGGGGAAGGAAAGUGAGUACUCUGAAGUCAAGGUGACCAGGGGGCGGAGUCAGGAUCAGGAACCACUCGUUAACGAACUUUACGCUCAAGUGAAUAAAACAGGUGCCUUAUAGGUAUUUUGUCUAUCUACAGUGCACUAUCAAUUAUGCAUUUGGUAUUUUUGUAUUCAUAUGUUUGUGCUCCUCGUUUAUCCGUAAGUCUGUAUACUUUUUGGUUGAAAAAAGGUAUUUAUUUUCUAAAAGUAUGGCUAUAGCAGAACUAAUGUACCUGACACUUCAACCCAAGGUCGUUUAAGAGUAGAAAGUCAAUGAUGACUGUGGAGAUAGUUGGUUUACAGUUCAAGUGGAAUAACACUUCUGCAAAUGCAAUAUAUUUUAUAAAUUCAUUUUUCCUGUCGUUGUUUAUUACGCCACCCAGUUCUAUUUAUCCUAGUCCAGUGUAACAAAACUAUAACCACGUUGUGAUUUUUUGUUUGAUAAUACAUUUAUUGUGCAAUUCUGAGUGUAACUAUAAAGUGUAAUCACGACCCAGUGAUCCAGCAAGUCGGUGCUAUCAUUUCUUGUGACAUUGUGCUCCUCAGUCCCACUCACCCUGAGUGACAGAGCUGCACACUUAGAUAGAUAGUCCAACAAUGGCUUAAAGGAAGUUAUUAACCAAUACACAUUUUCUAUAUUUGCCAUUAUUUUCCUUUAUUGAGCUUUGUUGCACCUUUCUGUGGGCAAAUUGGUCCACAGAAAGGUGCAACAAACUCAAUAAAGGAAUAUAAUGGUGCUUUUAUUCUUGUAUUUUUAUGCCGUGGCCUUCACCAACAGCUAUUUUCAGCUCUUGCCGUAGGUUAUGGAUGUAAUUCAGAUCUGGACACUUCACUUGCCACUAGAGAACCUUCCUGAAAAUCUUUUUUUUUUAUGUUUGCUUGGUUCGUAGGCAUAGUUAAAAUAACUAACAGUUAUUUUAAUGAAAUUGUACGCUAUAUUGGAUUAAAAACAACGCUGAUCUUUAUAUUGCUAAAUUACUUGUGUCAUAACAUUUUAUUGUGUUACAACAUGAAAAUGAAAUCAAAAGUGGUUUUACAAUAUAGUCCAUAAUCUAAACAAAAUCAGCUCAAUUAAUUACAAAUAUAAAUCAGAGAAUAAUUUAUUCCAUAAGUUAAAUCCAAACAGUCUCUGUUAAAGUUUACGGGUUUCCAGGAGAACAAGAACCCGCAGUAAAGAAAAACCCUGGAAUUAAUUAAUCCUGAAUGCUGGACUGGUGGCCCGGCCUACAAUAUUAAAGAAUAGGAGCAGCGUGGUCCUGAAAAAUAGGAUAUAUUCUAAUAAAAAGGAACAGUCAUCUCAUUUAUGGUUACCAGAGGCAUUUGUUGAAAGUUGUCUUAGGGGAAGGCUAUGCAUGUAAAAGUCAAGAGUGAGUCAAUUUCAAAACCACAGCAGUUGGUCUCCUUAGUUCCCAAACGCUUAGUGUUGGUAAAAGAUGAGGUGAUACAACACACUAGUAAAGAUGCCCCUGUCACAACUUUUUUUUACAUGUGUAACUGGCAUCAAUUUCAAAAUUGGCAUGUAUUAUUCCAAAAACCAUAAAAUUACAGUUUCAACAUUUGAUAUGUUGUCUUUUUAUUUUCUUCAAUUAAAUAUAAGGAUUGAUUGCACAUCAUUGAAUUCUGUUUCAACAUUAGCAUUUUACGUAGCGUCACCCCUUUUUUGGAAACGGUUGUAUGUUUACUGUACAAAUAAAUGAAGGGAACACUUAAAUCACACAUUGGUUCUUGAUGAAGGAAAUGUAUUAAACAU